ACAAAAUGGGGAAAAAACGUUUCAUUAUAUAUUUACUUUUUCCAUUUUGAGCAAAAAGCUUAAAAAAAUGCAUUUUUGUAAAGGAAUUUAUGUUAGAGAUCAGACUCAGAAUGACUAUCAAACAUAAAGGCAGUUCAAAUAAAUCAUCAAAUCAUUUUAACUUCCGUUUUUGAUAAAUUGGCGGUUAGUGGAUAAAAGCGGUAUUACACUUUCACUUUGAAAUUCGUCCAGAAAGGCAUAUUUGUUAGUUAAAUAUUAACUCAUAAUUGACGAGAUAACUCGUCAAUGGCGGUGAAUGAGUUAAGGGCUUUUAUGCGUCACAAGGGAUGCAAUUUUUCAAGGUGGUCUUGUGAUACACUUCCUCACCCAAAACAACAAGAUGGCACAUCAUGUGGUGUCUUUGCCUUGAAAUUUGCUGAAUUUGUACUCCGAGAAGAACCAAUUGUGUUUCUCAACACAAUGGAAGGAGUAGAAGAGCUAAGAAAAGAAAUAGCUGUCACUCAUCUCCAAAACAGUGAUGACCUGAGCCAACAUUGCCAUGUCUGUGUGGAGGAAAGUGGUGAUAAUAACUGGGUUGCCUGUGACUGCUGCAGUCGUUGGUACCACCAGUCGUGUGUGCAAAUGACAUCCAAGGUUUUUUUGGCAUCAACACAUUUUUUUUGUCCUGCCUGUUGAAACAACAUGAAGAAAUGUAUGUGUUUCUGAGAAAGGCACAAUUUUUUAUUUUUUUUAUUAAAGCAACAAUUAAAAACCA